CCUCACUUUAGGCCGUCACAUUAUUGUUUAUAUUUACAAAACAACAAUAAUGUUUAUUAAAUUAAUACCCGAUGACCGUUUUAGCUAAAUGCCGGGCCUUCGCGUUAAAGUUCACCCCAAGGGCCCUCUGCCACGACGCUAAAGUGAUGAAAUAUUUAAAUGUGGCGGAAAAGAACGAUGCGGCCAAGAAUAUCGCGGCCCAUUUGUCCCGGGGGCACUCCAACCGUCGUGAGGGCUUAUCCAAAUUCAAUAAAGUCUACGAGUUUGAGGCCCAAGUGUUCGGCCAGAACUGCAAAAUGGCCAUGACCUCCGUCUCCGGUCACCUGUUAAACUACGAGUUCGUCUCGGGCUUUCGUAACUGGCAAAGUUGCAAUCCCCUCGCCUUAUUUGAUGCCCCGGUGCUAAAAGCUUGCCCCAAAGACUAUGUGAAUAUCAAAAAGACUUUGGAAAGGGAAAUACGGAGCUGCCAAGGCCUGAUUAUAUGGACAGAUUGCGAUAGAGAAGGCGAGAAUAUAGGUUUCGAGGUUAUUAAGGUCUGUACCGAUAUAAAACCUGACCUAAGGGUCUAUAGGGCGAAAUUCUCGGAGAUUACUGCGGCCUCAGUGUUCAGGGCUUUAAGCACACUGGGGCAGCCCAACAAGAAUGUUUCCGAUGCAGUGGAUGUGAGGCAGGAGUUAGAUUUGAGGACGGGAGCAGCCUUUACGAGGCUACAAACUUUGAGGCUGCAGCAAGUGUUUCCCCAAAAGUUGGCCGAGAAGUUGAUCAGUUACGGAUCGUGUCAGUUUCCUACUUUGGGGUUUGUGGUUGAACGGUACAAGGCCAUUGAAGAUUUCAUCCCUGAACCCUUCUGGAAAAUCAAAAUGUCCCAUACAGUCAAAGAACUAACCACAGAAUUUCUCUGGAAAAGAGAAAGACUAUUCGAUAAAACCUGUUGCGAGGCAAUCCUAGCCCAUUGCAAAGAAACCCCUCUAGCAACCGUGGAAAGUGUCGAAUCCAAGCCCAAGAGCAAAUGGCGACCUUUACCACUGGACACCGUCGAAAUGGAAAAAAUAAUUUCCAAAAAACUCCACAUAAACGCCAAAGAAACGAUGAAAAUCGCGGAAAAACUCUACACCCAAGGUUUCAUUAGUUACCCACGUACAGAAACCAACAUAUUCCCCCCGGAGUUGAACUUAGCCCAGCUGGUUGAGCAGCAACAGAAUGACAAUCAGUGGGGCCCAUUUGCCAGGAGGGUGAUGGCCGAAGGGGGGCCCACGCCUCGACGUGGCAAAAAGUCCGAUCAGGCUCACCCGCCCAUACACCCGACCAAAUACGCGGACAACCUUCAAGGGAACGAAAAAAGGGUUUACGAGUACAUCGUGAGGCACUUCUUGGCUUGCGUGCACAAGGACGCCCAGGGCUACGAAACGACCGUACACGCGGACAUUGCCGGUGAAAAGUUCACCGCCAAAGGCCUGGUGAUCUUAGAGAAAAACUAUCUGGACGUGUACGUUUACGAAAAGUGGAACGCCAAAGAGAUAAACCAUUACGAACGGGGGGACACUUUUGACCCAACUACUUUGGAAAUGGCAGAGAGCCGCACUUCGCCCCCAAAAUUACUAACCGAAGCAGACCUGAUAGCCCUGAUGGAGAAGCAUGGCAUAGGCACAGACGCCACCCACGCGGAACACAUCGAAACCAUAAAAUCCCGUCAAUACGUGGGCCUCCAAGACAUUUACUUCGUCCCAGGCAACCUGGGCAUGGGACUAGUCGAAGGUUACAACGAGAUCGGUCUGGAGGUCUCCCUGGCCAAGCCCACCCUGAGGGCGGAGUUCGAAAACGACCUGAAAAUGAUCUGCGACGGUCUAAAAGACCCGGAGGUCGUCAGGGCGGAGCAAAUACGAAAGUACAAAGAAGUCUUUAGGGUGGUGGCGGAAAAAAUGAGGCUGAUAGACAGCAGUUUGGCGAAUCGGCUGAACGACCAGCCCCAUCGGGUGCCCGAUCUCCCUGCGACCGCUGAGGGGGCGCUUUCGGAUUAUCGGCCUGCCUUUAAGUGCCCCAAAUGCGGCAACGAUAUGGUGCUCAAGUCGAGGAAGGACGGCACCGGGAUGUUCCUCACGUGCGUCGGGUAUCCGAACUGUAAAAACUCCGUGUGGUUCCCCUCGUUGGCGAGGAGCGUCGAGGUGACGGAGAACCACUGUCAGCAGUGCGGGCCUGACUAUAAACUCCUGAAAUUCACGUUCAGACCGAACCCGUUCCCCGGGGAACCCAAUCCGAACGAGUUGUGCGUGGGGGGUUGCGACGAGAACGUUAACGAGGUUUUAAAUAUUAAUUUGGCGAGUGUGAGGAGGGCGGUGGGUGAUAAUUCAGUGAGGCAGGACUUUAAUGGGGCUACCAGUACGUCCAGAAGGGUCCAGAGCCCUCCCCCUGGCACAGGGAACCAUUUGGGAAGCGUCAGGAGGGACUUUCCGAGCACCAGCAGGACCAGUUUUGGAAGCCCUAGCAACUUUGGGAAUGCCCACCCGAACUCCAACGAGGAAAUCGUGUGCGGCUGCAACCAGCCCGCUCUCCUCCUCACUGUGCGCAAAGAGGGUCCGAAUCAAGGAAGGCAAUUUUACAAAUGCGCCCAGUCCAGCUGCAACUUCUUCCUGUGGGACCCCAACGGGACUCUGGACCAAAAUAACGUGUCCAGAGCCCCGGGGGGCAGCACGGCGGGCCCCAGCGAGGUCCGGUGCAAGUGCGGGCAGCCUGCGCCCCUCCGCACCGUCACCAAAGAGAGUUCGAACAAGGGACGACAGUUUUAUUGUUGCCCGAACAUGACGAACGGUUGCAACUUUUUCCAGUGGGCGGACGAGGAACAGGGUGUGGCAGGGAAUAACGGGGAUGAUUUUGGGGGCGGGAACGGGGCGGCUAAUUGGAGUUUUGGGGGCAGGGGGCGCAGGCGGGACACUAGUAACCGAACGAGGCCGUAUAGUAAGACGGGCAGGGGCGGCGAGGGUGGGACCAGGGCGAAGAGGAAGUGCAGGAAUUGCGGCCAGGAGGGACACACCAGGAACCGCUGCCCCAACUAAUCAUUAAAAAUGGUGCCUUAUUAUAUUGUAUAUAAGACUUAAAGUGUAAAAAUGUUAAGUUUUGCGUUAAAAAAAUGAUAGUUUCUUUUUAAA